AUGGGGUCCACAGGGCUUCUCCAGGUGAAGAACAUCAUUCUCGUUCUCAGUGGGAAGGGGGGCGUGGGUAAAUCGACUGUGGCGUGCCAGCUUGCCCUCGCGCUGACGCAUGUGCACGGCAAGCAGGUGGGUCUGCUAGAUGUGGACAUAUGCGGCCCAAGUGUACCCAAGAUAUGCGGCCUCGAAGGGUGCGACGUGUACAGAGAGGAGAAGGGGUGGAUACCUGUGUCAUUGCAAGCGAACACAGCUGCCUCCGCCAGUCCUGGUGCCUUUCCUGACGCGACGGUGCGAUCAGGGGACUUAAAGGUCAUGUCCAUCGCCUACUUGCUUCCGAGCGAUAAGGACGCGGUGGUGUGGCGCGGCCCAAAGAAGGACGCCAUGAUCAAGCAGUUUUUGACAGAUGUAAGCUGGGGCCCACUAGACUACCUCAUCAUCGACACCCCGCCCGGCACGAGUGACGAGCACCUGACGCUGUGUGAGGUGCUGCGUAACUUCCAUCCUUCCGGGGCAGUCGUUGUAACCACCCCGCAGGACGUCUCCACCGACGACGUGAAGAAGGAGCUGUCCCUCUGCUACAGGUUAGAGCUGCGGUGCCUCGGCAUCGUUGAGAACAUGUCUGGCUUUGCCUGCCCAUACUGUGCGCACUGCACUGACAUCUUCUCAAAGGGCGGUGGAAGGAGACUGGCCGAGCUGUACGAGGUGCCGUUCCUCGGUGCGAUACCGAUUGAUCCGAACCUGUCGCUAGCGGAGGACAUGGGACGGGCCUUCGUGAAGGAGGCACCGUCACAGACCGUGGAGGCGGUGAAGGCGGUCAUCGAUGCAAUUCUUCAGCAGGUCGAGCGUGCUAGAGCGUAA